AUGACCCCGCUUCCCGAACGUGUAUGCAUCGUCGGCGCGGGUGCCACGGGCAUGUCGGCUGCUUAUACUCUCAGCUUGCAGCCUGACAAGUACCGAGUGACCGAGUUCGACAGGGAGGACGCCACUGGCGGCAUGGCUACGUCGAUUGAUAUUGAUGCCGACAAAGCUGGGGCUCCAUACAUCAACGACGGCAUACAGGGCUGCAGUCCGGUGUUCGCGAACUCGAUGCGGAUGUUCAGAAUGUUGGGCUUUGAGACCACCAAAAUCGGGAUGCAGGUCAGUUUCGGCAAAGAGAAAGACUUCUGGUCGAACGUCUUCCCUACGGCACUGACUCUUCAAUUCCAAGCCGACAUCGGCAAGUUCGGGCAUGCAUUGAAUAUGAUCAAACCGUUCGAAUCCCUUUUCGCCAUGACCCCGUCCAUACACCGUAUUAUCCUGGAGCGCGUUUUCAAAGACCCCAGCAUGCGGCUCUUCGAGUACAAUGAGAGGAGUCUGCUCGCCAGCAUUCCUACAAUGCUCGCAUUCCCCAAGCUGCACGACGUCUACCAGGCGUGGAAUGACGAGAUCACCUCGCGCGGGAACGUCACGCUCAAGCUCAAUCACGAGGUCCUGCGCGUGGUCUCCCGAUCCGCGAAAGGAGACGCCCCGGUGCAGAUCGAGUACAAAGUUUCUGACCGAGAUAGAAACCGGCCGUCAGAUUACUGGUUUCGACGAGCUCAUCCUGGCGGUGGACGCCGAUGCGUGCCUGAGGCUGCUCGCGACUUGGACUACAUGAACAAGGUCCGCGCCUCCAUAGUCAGCCUCAUUCCUCCACUAACGCGUGUGACGGUCUGUUGCGGUAAUACAAGACUCGGUACGACGCCUCGCACAACGCCCCUCUUGCGUCCACCGCUUCUGCGGAAGAACGCCGCGAAUGCCUUUGCGGAGAACAACUUUCGCUGGCUGUACACGAUGCAGUACCCCGAGAACAAGUCCAAGAUCGAGAUGAGCUUCGACCUAACACACUACCAGCCGCAGUUCCGAGGCACCCCUCCGGCGGGACCCAUCGAUCCGUCCGGCACCUCGGAACACCGCAACGAGUGCGACCGCACAUCCAUCACCCGCGAAGCUCAGGAUGGCGACAGUGGCGCCUCCGUGCGCACGGGCAAGGACGCUGAUGGGAAGCCGGAACCCUCGCUGGAGAAGCACGUGUUCCAGACGAUCUUCCUGGACAGGGACGGUUCCCAGGGCCUGUGGACGUGGGGUGAUAUCAGCCCUACGCGGGACGGUCCCGUGGAUGAUGUGGAUCAACGGGAAGAAUCUCACGCUCUACGCUGGCACUUGGUCUGUGCUUAA